GAGAUCAAACUCCCGAGUUGUCUUGAACGCAGCAGCUCACUCCUGCGUGCGCGCAAACUCUCCGUGUUGUGCGAUCACACAUUUCAAGAAUGUUGAAAGGUCCUCAGAUGGGUUCCUGCCAUAUGAGGGGCUUGCUGGUUGGCGUGAGAGACUCCUUAUACAGUGCUUCUCCAAUGGCUCCGCCUGGGAACAUGUGCAGCAAGUGGUGUGCAUCUACAGGCUUCAAGACUCUCAACUCCUCACAGAAAAAAAUAGCAGUAACAGCAGGAGAUGUCUCAUUCUCCAAGGCGACAUCCCCCUCUGUUUCAGCUCCUGCACCACCAAGCUACGGCUGUGGACAUUAUCUUCUGAAGGCUGCUUCACACCAAAAUCUCAAAAUCAGAGCUGCUCUGUCCGUCCAUCCCCAGCCUUCUCCGCUCGCACAGCAUCCAAUAAGGCCGGAGCGCGGGCAGGGCUCCAUGUUCAACUAUCCAACACAAACAUCCAAACGUCCCGGUACAAAUGGUGACCCGGCAAACCACAUGAAGCCUCUUCCACUACAGGACAGGCUGCAGAGCAUUAGCCAAUCACCGGUAUGUAUCAACCCCGGUCAUAACCAGGGUGGCAUAUUUCCGCCUCAAAUGAUAGGCUCCGCAGCACAAAGACCAGCUGUUGCGGCUCUCUGUCGCCCCGCCCUGUGGAACCAGAGCAGAGGCCUUCACCAGGCCUGCCCCCGUCAGGCCGCCGCCCUGGGCCACUGCCUGUCCCCGGAGAACGAGCAGAGGUGCCGUGGCAGCCUGGGCCGCAACCUGAAGCUAUACGAGGCAGGGCGAGGGCUGGCUCAGGCCCACGGAAAGAGCCAGGGGAGAUGGGCAUCCAUCCUGGUGACCCUGUGCUCCGUGCAAGGCGAGCCGGCCUUCCUCUUCACUCUACGCUCCAGCAAGCUGAAAAGAAAUAAGGGAGAUGUCAGCUUUGCAGGUGGCAAGAACGAUCCAUCAGACAAAGACGUGGUGGACACGGCCCUGAGAGAGGCCCGGGAGGAGCUUGGCGUUACCGUGGCAACAGAGAAGGUGUGGGGCCUUCUGAAGCCACUCAGGGAGACAUCAGGCAUGAUGGUUGCUCCAGUGCUGGCUAACCUGGGCCCCAUUGAAGACCUGUCCUUUAAACCAAACCCAGAAGAGGUAGAGGAGAUCUUCACCUUGUCCUUCUCCCACGUGGUCGACCCUUCGAACCGCAGAUACACACACUUCCGGAGCGGCGACAAGUACGCUUACACGCUGCCCGUGUUCAACAACGGCAAGCACCGCGUGUGGGGCCUGACAGCCGUCGCUCUCGACCAUGCCCUGGCAAUCAUCGCGUCGCCCUAGCAACCUGACUCGCAUCCUGACAAUGUGAACAUUUUGGAAUCAUGAUGUGAAAUCCAAGGGGCAUUUAUUGAAUGAUCUUCACGGCAAUUUGUUGAUUUGACUGCAAAGGAUAUCGAUCGGCCUGUUUAUGAGUUUGCGCUCGCCUAGCCAGGGGUCAAUGGCACUCGUUGGGGGAGUGAGAGGAGCCUGGCCUACUGGUUUGAGGACAUAGUGAAACAAUGCAUUAAUGGAGCAGCUGUUUGUUGCAUUGACAAUUGAACAUCAAUGCAGUGAAAAUGUUCCGUUGCAUUUGGUUUCAUAUAUUUAUAAUUGUUCUAUAUAUUCUUAACAUUUAACUAUAUCCUUUAUAUUUAAAAUAAAUACAUUUCAGUACACUCAGGAAGAUAAUUCUCAGAAAUAUACAUAAAUCGACAGAGCUAUUAUUUAUUUUCCUUUCAGAUCAUAUAACCCUUUAUUGAUGGCAUUCAUGAAUGUCAAAAGAUUAGUCAUUGGUUUUCAGCCACUGUUUGUAGCAUGUACAUUGUGAUUAUGAAGUACUCAGAGAUUACCUCUUCAGUGCCAUUGAUAUGGAUGGCCCAUUGAACAGCUCCUCCAUGUUGUUGUAGGCAGGACCCUAUUAAAAGGUCUUUCCAAUGCAAAUCAACUGGCUGAUUAAGAUUCACUUCCCUGCAGAAGAAUUACCCUGUGUACUGGACUUGAUCACUGACAAUGACAUAUUAGGCAUACUGUUGAGUAGUCGAUUAAAUAAAGCUAUGUGGGAAAAGCA